CCGGGAGCUGGGGCAGCGGCCCAGCGCGGGAAGCUCGCAGGUUCUUCUUCUGUUUGGGCCCUUCCUUCGCUCGCAGGGUCAGCGAGCUCCCGAGGUCGCGCACGUUGGGGACUGUCACAUGUGCGAAAGACACCGCGGUCCAUGCUGGGGUGGACGGGGUUUGAGGCGGAGGCCGCAGUGCAUGCUGGGGAGUGUAGUCCCAGCAUAUGGCGGGAACAGCGCAAGUGCACCUCAGGCCAGCCGAAAUUACAGGCAGUGAAUUGUGUCUGAAAUACCUAACCACCAAGGAGCACUUCCAUGAAUUCCUGGAAGCCAAAGGGCAGGAGAAGCCCAGCCAGGAAACCGAGGCUGGAGACCCUGCUGGCAAUGACCUGGAUGAGCCUGAGGCCAAGCGGAUCCGGCUGGAGGAUGGGCAGACAGAGGACAGGCAGACAGAGGAGGCUGUUGAGCCUGGGGAGCAGCCACAGGCCCAGAAGAGGGCCCGGGGUCAGAACAAAUGCCGGCCCCAUGUGAAGCCCACCCACUAUGACAAGAACAGGCUCUGCCCCUCCCUGGUCCAGGAAUCCGCCGCUAAGUGUUUCUAUGGCGACCGCUGCCGCUUCCUGCACGACGUGGGCCGCUACCUGGAGACCAAGCCAGCUGACCUGGGCCCCCACUGUGUGCUCUUUGAGACCUUCGGCAGGUGCCCCUAUGGUGUGACCUGCCGCUUUGCCGGGGCCCAUCUGGGGCCCGAGGGCCAGAAUCUGGUGAAGGAGGGGUUGGUCCGGGCCCCGCCCAUCCGCAAUGGCCUGGACAAGGUCCUGCAGCAGCAACUGCGAAAGCGCAAGAUCCACUUCAAGCGUGCAGAGCAGGCCCUGCGCCAGCUGAGCAAGGGCCAGCUGCCAGGCCCCACUCCCAAAGCCACUGUCCCCGAGGUCAUGGAGGCUGAGGGUGCCCCAGGGCAGGACAACUGUGACGCCCAGCAGGCCCCCCAGGGGCCGGGCACCAUUCCCCCUCCCAGGGGCCCUUUAAGGACCUGCGGGCCCCUGACAGAUGAGGAUGUAGUCAGGUUGCAGCCCUGUGAGAAGAAGCGGCUGGACAUCAGUGGCAAACUGUACCUUGCUCCCCUCACCACGUGCGGGAACCUGCCCUUCCGGCGGGUCUGUAAGCGCUUUGGGGCAGAUGUGACGUGCGGGGAGAUGGCUGUGUGCAUCAACCUGCUGCAGGGCCAGACGUCUGAGUGGGCCCUGCUCAAACGCCACCCCUGCGAGGAUGUCUUCGGUGUCCAGCUUGAGGGCGCCUUUCCCGACACCAUGACCAAGUGUGCCGAGCUGCUGAACCGCACCAUCGAGGUGGAUUUCGUGGACAUCAACGUCGGCUGCCCCAUCGACCUCGUGUACAAGAAGGGCGGGGGCUGCGCCCUCAUGAACCGCUCAGCCAAGUUCCAGCAGAUCGUCCGUGGCAUGAACCAGGUGCUGGACGUGCCACUGACCGUGAAGCUCCGCACGGGUAUCCACGAGCGCACGAAUCUGGCCCACCGGCUGCUGCCCGAGCUGCGGGACUGGGGGGCUGCGCUGGUCACGCUCCACGGCCGCUCGCGGGAGCAGCGCUACACCAAGUUGGCCGACUGGCGGUACAUCGAGCAGUGCGUGACAGCAGCCAGCCCCAUGCCCCUUUUCGGAAACGGGGACAUCUUGUCAUACGAGGACGCCAACCGCGCCAUGCAGACUGGCGUCGCUGGGAUCAUGAUUGCCCGCGGCGCCCUGCUCAAGCCGUGGCUGUUCACGGAGAUCAAGGAGCAGCGGCAUUGGGACAUCUCGUCGUCUGAGCGCCUGGACAUCCUGCGGGACUUCGCACACUACGGCCUGGAGCACUGGGGCUCGGACACGCAGGGCGUGGAGAAGACACGCCGCUUCCUCCUUGAGUGGCUCUCCUUCCUGUGCAGGUACGUGCCCGUGGGCCUGCUGGAGCGGCUCCCGCAGAGGAUCAAUGAGCGGCCGCCCUACUACCUGGGCCGCGACUACCUGGAGACGCUCAUGGCCAGCCAGAAGGCGGCCGACUGGAUCCGCAUCAGUGAGAUGCUGCUGGGACCCGUGCCACCCAAUUUCGUCUUCCUGCCCAAGCACAAGGCCAACGCCUACAAGUAGCUGCAGGGGCGGGCGGGGGUGUCUGAGCGCCCAGCGGGCUUCCCAAGGAAUGAGAAGGCAAUAAAUUUUAUUCUUUUAAAACCCA